CGGAGGACAAGUAGUUCUGCUGGCCAUUCGAUACAAUCCAACACUUACUCUCCAAUAGAUUUAACUUGGAUAUAACUGCCACCCUCCAAUAUCAUACAAAUUUCCAAUCGAUCUCAGCCGCCAUGGCCACGCAGGCGCGCAAUGAAUGGCUCGACGACCGCUUGAGCGACGAAGACGAAGACAACGACCAAGGUUACGAUUCCGACGCGGCCGACGAGAGCAAAGGCAACAGACUCGCCCGCAGAGGAGGAAGCAAGCGUCAAAAAAUCUCAAAGGACGAUGAUUAUGAUGAAGAAGAUGAUGAUCUGAGCGAUGAGGAGGAAGGGGAACUGGAGCCGCAAAAAGGACGAGCGCGCGAACCUACGAAGCCAGAUGUGGCCGACCAGGACGAGCAAGUGGACGAAGAAUACGAGGGCGAGGAGGGACAAGAAGAUGACGACGAAGGAGAAGAAGAAGAAUAUGAAGAAGGGCCUUCCAAGCCCGACUUGAAACCUCUAACGCCCAAACAAUUGGCCGCUGCGCAGCGCGCCGUGAAGAAGACUGGCGUCAUUUACAUAUCACGGGUGCCGCCUUUCAUGAAGCCUCAGACAAUGAGGCAUUAUCUUUCACCGUUUGGAGAGAUUGGGCGUAUUUUCCUCACGCCCGAGGAUCCGGCAUCGCACACUCGCCGAGUCAAGUCGGGUGGAAACAAGAAGCGCUCCUUCACAGAUGGCUGGGUCGAAUACAAAAACAAAAAGGACGCAAAAAUUGUCGCCGAAACGCUCAACACGCAACUCAUUGGCGGCAAAAAGGGAAACUUUUAUCAUGACGAUGUCUGGAAUAUCAAAUACCUCAAGGGCUUCAAGUGGCAUCACCUGACGGAGCAGAUUGCCAACGAGAAUGCAGAGCGCGCAGCUCGCUUGCGUGCAGAUGUGGCCCAGGCAAGCCGAGAGAACAAAUUGCUUGUCAGGAACAUUGAGCGCGGAAAGAUGUUGGACAAUAUGGAGGCAAAGAGGAAGCGGAAGCGCGAGAGGGGAACUGGUGAAAUUGGGGAUGGCAACAGGAGAACUGAACCUGUCAGUCUUGAGCCCCGACGGCACUUCCGCCAAAAUGAGGUCAAGCUGAAGUCCGCCAAGGACCGCGGAAACGUGGAUCAGCCAGACCAAGUCAAGCGUGUGCUCAGCAAGAUUUUUUAAAAGCAGUGUCGGUGAUACUCGUCAGGAGUCGGGGUUGUGGUUCAUAUUGGCCUUCUUUUCUUUGUGCAGUUUGUACUCGAUGUUAAGCAUAGUAUUGCAUAGCGGUCUACUCUGUUUUAUUUGAUCGAAUAAACACCAACUUUUGUUACAUUCACCUAAUCCUGAAGCUCUCUAAAUAUGAAACA